AUGGGCAAACCCGAUCCCGAGGACGUCGUCGUCGAGACGUCGCCCUCGCCUGCCGAGUCGCAGAAAGGCGAGACCUUCCCCAUCGCGUCGCACCGCGCCGGCAUCGAGGAGAAAUACGGCACGACCAAGCGUGGCCUCAGCGGACGCCAUGUCCAACUCAUCUCGAUCGGAGGCGCUGUUGGCACUGGCCUCUUCGUCGCCAUUGGCUCCCAUCUACGCUCAGCCGGCCCGCUCAACGUGCUGCUCGCCUUCAUCAUCUACCCCAUCGUCUUCGUCUUCCCCUGCUACCUCUGCGUCGCCGAGAUGUCGGCAUACCUGCCCAUCCGCGGCAGCAUCUACGAGUUCGCCACCCGCUUCGUCGACCCGGCUUUCGGCUUCAUGCUUGGCUGGACCUACUUCUACGCCGCGAGCAUGCUGUUUUGCGCCGAGUUGAGCGCCGUGGCCACGGUCAUGCAGUACUGGAGCGACGUGAAUCCUGCUGUGUGGAUCGCCAUGGCGCUGGUGGUCUGCUACGGUCUGAACGUCUUUGCUGUCAAAUGGUACGGUGAAAGUGAAUUCAUCUUCUCCUGCACCAAGAUCCUGCUCAUCCUCGGCCUCAUCGUCCUGACCUUCAUCACCAUGGUGGGCGGCAAUCCCAAGCACGACGCCUACGGCUUCCGCAACUGGACGGGCGGCAACGCCAUGCACGAGUACUACGCCGAGGGCUCGACGGGCCGCUUCCUGGGCUGGUGGAGCUGCGUGCUGUACGCGGCCUUCUCGCUCGGCGGGCCCGACCUGGUGGCCAUGGCGGCGGGCGAGAUCGAGGACCCGCGCAAGAACAUCCCGCGCGUGGCCCGCAACAUCUUCCUGCGCGUCUUCGUCUUCUACGUGCUCGGCGCCCUCUGCGUCGGCAUCAUCUGCUCGUCGCGCGACCCGCGCCUGCUCGGCGCCAUCGACAGCGGCGAGGCCGGCGCCGCCGCCUCGCCCUGGGUCAUCGGCAUCCAGAACCUCGGCAUCACCGGGCUGCCCUCGCUCAUCAACUUCCUCAUCAUGCUCUCGGGCUGGUCCUGCGGCAACGCCUACAUGUACUCGGCCUCGCGCACCCUCUACUCGCUCGCGCUCGACGGCCAGGCGCCGCGCUUCCUGCUCAAGUGCACCAAGUCGGGCAUCCCCAUCUACUGCGUCAGCAUCGUCGGCGUCAUCGGCUGCAUCACCUUCAUGGUCGCGUCGUCGUCGGCCACCGAGGUCUUUGGCUGGUUCAUCGACCUCACCAUCUGCUCCUUCGACAUCGCCUACACCAGCAUGGUCGUCACCUGGGUCGGCUGGAACCGCGCGCUCCGCGCCCAGGGCAUCUCGCGCGACUCGCUCCCCUGGAAGGCCCCCUUCAUGCCCUACGGCGCCUACCUCGCCAUCGCCACCGGCCUCACCAUCCUCGUCUUCGUCGGCUUCGACGUCUUCGCCCCCUUCUCCGUCCAGGGCUUCAUCACCAGCUACUUCGGCGUCGCCUUCGCCGCCGUCGCCUUCGCCGUCUGGAAGGUCGUGAAGAAGACGAAGUUCGUGAAGCCGGCCGAGGCCGACGUGUGGAGCGGCAAGGCCGAGGUGGAUGCUGAGUGCAAGGUCUGGGAGGAUGCGCCGCCGAAGCCGAAGGCGAGGAACCCGCUCGUCAGGGCUUGGGAUGCGCUGUGGUAG